CACUGCCACACACAAUAUGGCGCCAUAAACUCGCGCUUUUGCCCUGCUUCACAAGGAAACGAGACUCAGGGAAACAACAUUUGCACUCUACAGUUCCGCAUUGUGGUUAUCAUGCAGUCAUUCACAGCCAAUACGAGAUCGAUCGACUAGGGCAGAGGGAUACAUUUUUGUCUAUUUGAAAAGUUAGCUGUAAUAAACACAAAUGAUUACUAUACCGUUUAGCUCAGUUGAAGUGAUGAUUAGGUUCUGAGUUAGUGAUGGAGAACAUUGGUGAGACACCGUUUCGGAUCACCCGUACCGUCCAAGCUCUGGGCUCCGCACUACGGGGAGACCCUGAAAAUGUUUCCGAUGCUAAUGGUCUGGGUAGCGGUGACAGAAUCUCGAGUGAGCCGGAGAAGCUUUGGUUUAAAGAAAGCAGCGCUAAGAAUCUCCAAAACAGGGACUUCCUGUCACCCACUACGGUGCUGAAUACGCUUUAUGCAGACGGACAGGUUCCCCCAGCAGUGAUGGGUAGAGUGCUGUCCCUGAAAGGGUGUGGGGUUCUUCCUUUGGCUGGUGGGGAGGUCAUGGGAGAGGGGCUGAGGGUGCGGGUCGACCGGAUUGCUGCGUUUCAGAAGGUCCUGAGUGGAGUGUCGGCGUACCUGAAUCCUCCUAGCCAGAGACAGGGGUGUGUGGUGCUCAACUGCCCAGCCCUUCACCCCAAACCCAAUUUACCCUCCCCUGACACACUCACGCUGGGGCAACUACGCACCGUGCUGCUGACUGACCACUUAGGGGCGCUACUGAGGAGACAGGGGUUUACUGUGUCCUGCUGCCCUGUGCUGCCUGAAGAUAGCAACAUCAUCGUCUUCCUCCGAGUACUUGGCGUCGAUUGGCCGUCAGUGCCGGUCAGCUGGACCAAUGACGAGAGGGAGGAGAAGAUGUUGGAGGCUUUGCAGAAUUCCCCAUACAAAGAAAGAGAGGAGACAGAUGGAGGAAGGAGAGAGAGUGAAGGAAAGAAGAUGGAGGGAGAGAAGGAGCGGGGGACGCUCAGGGUGAACUUGAAGAGGGUGCUUCAGGAGGAGCAGCUGCCGGGGUAUGACCCCAGCCUGGGUACCUGUACAGUGCAAAGAGACAGUGUGUCUCAUCUGGCCCAACUGGAUAGGGCUACUGCAGACUGCACAGUAUCCACAGCAACCGCGGUACAUGUUACUUCCUGUCAAGAUGAGUUCCGUCAGCAGCAGAUAGCGAUGCUAUGGAGAGCCAGCGGUGCAACAGCGACACAGAGGCAUCUAGUUUGUGGACCAGUGAAGACUCCUGGAAGUCACCUCAGUGCGGCCCAGUAUCUCCAACUGAGAAGAGUGCAGAUGAAGGAGGCCUCAGAGAUGAAGUACGGAGAACAAGUGGAAGGCCAGACUUGGGAUGACAUCAUCAAGGUCAUGACCUCAGCCACUGUGAGGUUUGAGCUGCUCUCAACGGUCCAUAUGAGCCCGGUCACCCUGGACGUGCAGAGGGAAGGCAGUGUGUCCACCAAAGGCCCCAGAGGCGGAGUCUUUGUCAUGUACAACUGUGCUCGGCUCCACACCCUCUUUGACAGUUACGAGCGAGGCAUGGAGAAGGGACUUUACCCAGAAAUCCCAGAGGGCUCCCAGUUGGACUUCUCAGCUCUAAAAGAAGAGGGGGAGUGGCUUCUUCUGUUCAAUUACCUUAUUCCAUUUUCUGAGCUUCUCGACCAAUCAGGACAGGUGUUGGAGUGUGAUGGAGGAGGGGCCAGAGUCAACCUGAAGACUGAACAGAUCUGCAAGUUCCUGGUGUCUCUCAGUAAGGAUUUUAGCUCCUAUUACAACAGAGUCCACGUCCUUGGGGAGCCGUUGCCUCACCUCUUCAAUCAGAUGUUCUGUCGGCUGCAGUUGUUGAGAGCACUGAGAGAGCUCUACCAUCGCGCCCUGGAUACUCUUCACCUUCCUCCCAUCCGGCAGCUAUAGCCACAAAUACCCCAACCGUAGCCCCGAAUAUAGC